CAUAAUUCACUCCAGUGUGAAAGAAGCUGCGAACUGGAGAUCUGGAUGAAAGAGGAUUUCCUUGGGGACCCAGGUGUUGACUAAAGGACUGGCCCUCUAGACCUCAUGCCAGCUCACAGAGUUCAUCCACAACGCCAGGUGACAGAAGUCUCUUCUCUUUCCAGUGCAAAGGAAAUGCCUUCAGAUCUGAAGCAUAAAAAAGAGCAAUGCUGGCUUCCCACCAGGCGGUGCCUCUGGUUUUCCUGCAUGGCAUUCCUUGUGCUUGGAGUUCUGGCUGCUGUGAUCAGUCUUGCAAUUACCUUUGGGAUACCUGGAAAACCUGCAAAUUUGCCAUAUCGACGAUGUAAAACAGCUUCACAGCAACUUGGCUUCUUGUGUGAGGACCUCACAACUUGCUUGCCACCGUCCCUGCUUUGUAAUGGCAAGUUGGACUGCAGUCACGGUGAAGACGAAUCCGCUAUCUACUGUGGCCAAAUGCCCAGCAGUCUCCCACAAAACUUGAUAUUCAAGUGUCCCAACCAGAAGACUUGGACAUAUGUGGACAAGGUGUGUGACACAAGAAACGACUGUGGCGAUUGUUCAGAUGAAUCAGUUUUACAGUGCCCAAAGUGUUCAGGCUGGAGAUGUGAUACUGUUUUCUUUGCCGACUGUGACUGCAUUCCCAGAACUCGCUGCAAAAAUGGCAUUCAAGACUGUGCUGAUUGGAGUGAUGAAAACUUAUGCGAAUAGACGACUUUACCAAUUACAGUUUUGGAAAACCUAAAAACCCUUCUCGCCAAAAAAAAAAAAAUUGACAUAUGUAUCUUUUGGGGGAAAGGGGUUAAUCUACUGAAACAAAAAUCCAGUGUUAUGUAAUAGAGAAAAAAUUGAUUAGUAGACAUCAGGCCCAAUCUUCAGUGACCUUCAGCCCAUUUCCAAACUUGUUUCUAAAUUUUAGAAUGUAGCUUCCUACCCUGUGUGCACAGGAUUAUGAGAAUGACACUUGUAUUCUAGUUUAUUUCAACAAAUAAAGGGCAUUAAUCCUAAAAGUUCUCGGAUCAAAAUCAAUCUCUCUCUUCAUUAGCAUAGCCCUGCUUCAGAUCCAGCUGAAAGCUAGUUUGGCCCAGGGCUAGUCUUAAAAGUAGUGGACAACAGCCAGCCAUUAUUGAAAACAGCCCAAAAUUCAACCAGAUCAGAAUCAUCUGCCCCUCUAGCCUGCCAGGGCCUAAAAUUCUUUCCAUUUAGGUCUUGAAGUCAAGAGCAGAUCUGAAUGGGAAUCUCAUCCUACCACUUAAGGGGCGGUGUGACCUCACAUGAGCAGGUGGUUUCCUUAUCUGUACAAUGUGGCUCUUGAGGGGGCAGGGGCGAUUGUCAUGAUAAUCAGUGAGAUGAUAUAAAACAAGUGGUACAGUGCUUAACAUGUAAGUCACAGAAGUGUGGGCAGGUUGUAUAAAUUGUAAAAAAAUACCUGCUCUCCUGCUCUGGGGGAUUACAGUUCCCCAAGCCUCACGGCAUGACUUGGCCAUGUAUGUGACUUGCUCUGGCUGAUGAAAUUGGUUAUUAAUGAUGUGCAUCACU